UCUCUCUCAUUUAUCUUUCUCAACCAACCAGAUCUUUCUCUCUCAUAUUUCAUUCUCUCUCUAAACAUAAAACACCUCCAUCCCACCACCACACCUCCACCAUCAACACCACCGUCGCCACACCAUCAACAGAAGAAUCCGAGAGACUAAAUGUUGUUACAGAUUGUUGUACAGAAGAAUCCGAAAGACUAAAUCUUCAAAGUUGUUUUGGUGAUUUGGCUCCUGAAGCUUUGAAUUACAUCAAACAGUUGGAAUCGGAGCUGUCUAUCGCCAAGAAGGCAUCUGGGCUGGUACACACAGAGCGUUGACUUUGGCCAUAACAGCUGGAGGUUGUGAGAGAUCAACAACUAUGCCUUACAAACAUUAUCAGACAUUGCGUAUCGAUGUUUAAAUGAAUCUCGUGAAGAUCGACCAACUAUGCCUGAGGUUCUGAGAGAUCAACAAUAAUAGGAAGUUUCCUGCAUAUGCUUUUCCUUGAUGGGUGGAUUUCUCAAAUAUAUAAUAUAUCUCAGCUACUCAAAACCACAUCUCUCUUUUUGGAUCUGAUUUACAUUGCUUGCUCUUGUAUUCAUUCCAAACAAAUUUGAUUAACAGAUCAAUGGCAUCUUCAUCAUCAUCAUCUUUUCACAACAUUUCUGCCUCUGUUUCUCAAUCAUUGAAUUAUGACGUAUUUUUGAGUUUUAGAGGCGAAGACACCCGCAAGACCUUUGUGGAUCAUCUCUACAUGGCUCUUGAACAACAAGGAGUACACACAUACAAGGAUGACGAAACACUUGCUCGGGGUGAGUCAAUCGGUCCAGCCCUCUUGAAGGCUAUCCAAGAAUCACGGGUUGCGGUUAUUGUAUUUUCUCAAAACUAUGCGGAUUCAUCUUGGUGCUUGGAUGAGCUUGUACAAAUUAUGGAGUGCAUGGACACAAGAGGGCAAAUAGUGAUGCCCAUAUUUUAUCAUGUAGAUCCCUCUGAUUUGAGAAAACUUAAGAGGAAAUAUGGAGAAGCAUUUGACAAACAUGCGGGGGAUAAUAAGCUCAAAGUUGAAUCAUGGAGACAAGCUCUGGAAAAGGCAGGCAAACUUUCUGGAUGGGUCAUCAAUGACUUUCAAAACAGUCACGAAGCAAAAUGCAUCAAAGAAAUUGUUGGUACAAUUUCGAGUAGGUUGUCUUCACUGAUUACAAACGUCAAUAAAGACCUCAUUGGAAUAGAGACACGCUUACAAGAUCUGAAGUCAAAGUUGAAAAUGGAGUCAGGUAGUGUACACAUUAUUGGAAUAUGGGGAGUUGGGGGUGGUGGUAAGACUACUCUCGCAUCUGCUGCUUAUGCGGAAAUCUCUCACCGAUUUGAAGCUCACUGCCUUCUUCAAAAUAUCCGCGAGGAGUCAAACAAGCAUGGUUUGGAAAAGCUACAAGAAAAAUUUCUCUCACUUAUUUUGAAAGCAGAUGUGAAGGUAGGGAGUGGGAUAGAAGGAAGAAGCAUUAUAGAAAGAAGGUUACGUAAUAAAAACGUAUUAGUUGUUCUUGACGAUGUUGAUGACCUUGAGCAACUAGAGGCUCUAGCCGGAUCACAUGCUUGGUUUGGUAAGGGGAGCAGGAUAAUAAUUACAACGAGGGAUGAGCAUUUGCUAACCCGCCAUGCAGACACGAUAUAUGAAGUGAGUUUGUUAUCACAAGACGAGGCUGUCGAGCUCUUCAACAAACAUGCAUAUCGGAAAGAUAAACCUAUAGAAGAUUACGAGAUGCUUUCAAAAGAUGUAGUUUCUUAUGCUAGUGGGCUCCCAUUAGCACUUAAAAUUCUAGGUUCUUUUCUAUAUGACAAAAACAAGGAUGAGUGGAAGAGUGCACUGGCCAAGUUAAAAUGCAUCCCAAAUGUUAAAGUCACCGAAAGACUCAAAAUAAGUUAUGAUGGACUUGAACCCGACCAUCAAAAAUUAUUCUUAGAUAUUGCUUAUUUUUGGAGGAGACUAAAGAUGGAUGAGGCAAUGAUGGUGCUUGAUGCUUGUAAUUUACACCCUCGUAUAGGGGUGAAGGUGUUGGUUCAAAAGUCUCUCAUAAAAGUUGAUUCAUAUGGAAGAUUUGAUAUGCAUGACUUGGUAGAAGAAAUGGCUCACUACAUUGUUAGAGGGGCACACCCUAAUUAUCCUGAAAAGCAUAGCAGGAUUUGGAAGAAGAAAGAUAUUGCAUACCUCUGUGAUAUGGGGGCAGAUGCAGUGCCAAUGGAAACAGAAGCAUUAGUUUUCCGUGGAUUUUUAUUUGGUUCAAGAUCUGAUGCCGUGGGUCUAUUUGAUGCUGUGGGUCUAUCUGAUGUUGUUGCAAACAUGAAGAAACUUAGGUGGAUUCAUUUUAUUAAUUAUCCGGCAUCUUCAUUCCCAUCGAAUUUUCAGCCAAGAGAGCUUGGUUGUCUAGAGUUGAUCGAGAGCGAACAAAAAGAACUCUGGCAUGGGUAUAAGCAUCUACCAAAUUUGAAAAUUCUUGAUCUUAAUUAUUCAAGGAACAUAAUCAGGACACCAGAUUUUGACGGCCUUCCAUGUCUUGAAAGAUUGAUUUUAUUGGGUUGUGAGAGUUUAGAAGAGAUUCAUCCAUCAAUUGGAUAUCACAAAAGGCUUGUUUUCGUGGACAUGACACUUUGUUCAAUACUUAAAAGGUUUCCACCUAUCAUACACAUGAAAAAAUUGGAGACUCUUAAUCUCUUUUAUUGCAAACAACUUCAACGGUUUCCAGAUAUCCAGUCAAACAUGGAUAGCUUGGUAACCCUUGAUUUGAGUGAUACUGGUAUAGGAAUAAUCCCACCAUCAGUUGGACGAUUUUGUACCAACCUUGUUUCCUUAGAUUUAAGUGAUUGUCACAAACUAAAAAGGAUAGAAGGGAACUUUCAUCUCUUAAAAAGUUUGAAAGACCUGAAUCUCAGUGGUUGUCGUGUUGGGUUACAAUCUUUUCAUCAAGACGGGUCGGGGAGCCUGAAGCUCCCUCAGUUUCCACGUUUUUUAAGGAAGCUGGAUCUUAGCAAUUGCAAUUUGGGAGAUGGAGACAUCCCAUCUGAUAUUUGUGAGUUAUUAAACCUACAACUACUAGACCUAAGUCAUAACAACUUUUCAAGAUUACCUUCCGGCAUCUCACGACUCCCGUGUCUCAAGUAUCUCGAUCUGACAUGCUGCAAAAGCCUUGUAGAAUUGUCAGACCUCCCAUCAAACAUAGCUAUUCUCAAAGCAGUUGAUUGUGGCUCACUUGAAAUUGUAAGAGAUUUAUCAGAUUAUAAAUGGUUGUGGAAAGUCUCACUUUGGAGGAAAGUGAACAAGAGGGUACUACUUUCUAUGCUUGAGAGAAAUGCAGCUGAAGAUCGUUUUAUGAGUGUCGAACAUUCCUAUGUUGAACCAUCAGGCAUUUUUACGAAAUCUAUCACAUUGCAACUUCCACACAAUUGGUACAGUGAAUUUAGUGGAUUUUUAUUAUCAUUACGUAGUCGUGGUUGCAAUUCGGAUAUGUUUAUCACAAUUAUUAAGCAGGAGACGUCCAUGGAUCACUCUGAGAAGUUUGAUAAAGAUUGUAGGGAACCAUUGUAUGAAAGGGUGGGUUAUGUACCCUUUAGUUCAUUGAGGCACAUCCCAUGGUUCAAUCCUCCAUACACUCAAAAUAUUUCAUUUCAGACUCAUGACGGUGGUCUUAAUGUGGAACUUGUUCAUAGUAAAAGUAAAAUAGGUGAUUUAAACGAACGCCCAAUCGAUUACUCAGAAUGUUGGGAUGAAGAAUAUCAUAAACAUACAAAGACAUUUGAGAUAAUAUAUGAUUCAAAGUCCUCUAAAAUUCAGAUUUCAUGGCGUCAUUAAUGUUGCAGGUAAAUUCCAAGAUUUUGUUUAUAGCAUCGUCAAAAACCAUUACUCGGUCUCAGUUUCAACAUUAUUAGGUCCACAUUUUGUUACCCUUUCUAGUUUACUCUUGCUUCUCCAACAUUAUUGCAGUCUACAAAAAAAAAAUUGUAAUAAAAUUUUCUUUGUUAUCUCUUAAGACUUCUAUAAGAUUUGUAUUCCACGUAA